UGAAUUUAUCCCACAACACAGCCGCAACCACGUGGCAACGUGAGGUACGAGCGAGUCUUCAGGCAGAGCAGAGCGUCGUUAAAACUCUGAUAUGAGACAAACGCCUUCAAACCUGCACAGGUUAAUGUUGUUAUAGUGGCGGGCGUUGAGCUCCUGCGUCACACUUUACGCACAAUGCGCCCCGUGUGACUGGAAGCUCAGUGAUUUCGCAUCUCUUUGCGCGCAGAUAUGUUGCACACGGAGUCAGCGCAUGAAUGAAGAUACUGAAUAAACCGCUCACUCUUUGGAUUCACACUGUUUGCACGCUGAGGACGUCAUAAUCCGUCCUGCAUACUGCACGAGAUUUAAGAAAUAAGCACAACUCUCUGCCCCUGGCUCAUCUGCAGCUCCUCUAAUUCACCACCCUCGUCCCUCUGAAGGAGCACCUGUGUUGCUGCCAUGCCAAAGAACACCAAGGUGACCCAGCGGGAGCACAGCAAUGAGCCUGUCACUGAGUCUGUGGCUGACCUGCUGUCCCUCGAGCACCCAAUGGACUAUAAGAGCAGUCAGAUGAGCAUGGGCCUGAGUCCUGGCUCGACCGCUCCAGUAAAGGCACUGCUGCCCUCUCCAGACCCGGACGCUGAGGACGGUCGACCGGCCUGGAACAACAAGCUGGAGUACAUCCUGGCACAGGUGGGCUUUUCAGUGGGCCUGGGUAAUGUCUGGAGGUUCCCCUACCUGUGCCAGAAGAACGGUGGAGGUGCAUACUUGGUGCCAUAUUUUAUUCUCCUCCUGCUCAUUGGCAUCCCCUUGUUCUUCCUGGAGUUGGCUGUGGGUCAGAGGAUCAGACGUGGCAGCAUCGGGGUGUGGAACUACGUCUACCCACAGCUGGGAGGCAUUGGAGUUUCCAGUCUGAUGGUUUGCGGUUUUGUGGGCCUUUAUUACAACGUGAUUAUUGGCUGGAGCAUCUUCUAUUUCCUCAAGUCUUUCCAGUAUCCACUGCCUUGGGCUGAAUGCCCCAUCAGGAUUAAUGGAACCCAAGCCAUUGUGGAGCCAGAGUGUGAAAAAAGCUCAGCCACCACUUAUUUCUGGUACCGCCAGGCUCUCAACAUCACCAGCACAAUUGACGACACUGGUGGCCUCAACUGGAAGAUGACCCUGUGCCUGCUAGUGGCUUGGAUCAUGGUCUGCUUGGCUGCCAUCAAGGGCAUCCAGUCCUCUGGGAAGGUGAUGUACUUCAGCUCUCUUUUCCCAUAUGUGGUGCUCUUCUGUUUCCUGGUACGAGGUUUGCUGCUGAAGGGAGCAGUGGACGGCAUAGCUCACAUGUUCACCCCAAAGCUGGAAAAGAUGUUAGAGCCACAGGUGUGGAGAGAAGCAGCGACACAGGUCUUCUUUGCGCUCGGUCUGGGCUUUGGCGGCGUCAUCGCUUUCUCCAGCUACAACAAGCGAGACAACAACUGCCAUUUUGAUGCAAUACUGGUCUCCGUCAUCAACUUUAUUACCUCCAUCCUGGCCACUCUAGUAGUGUUUGCUGUUCUCGGCUUCAAGGCGAAUCUAAUGAAUGAGAAGUGUGUUGUAGAGAAUGCAGAGAAGAUCCUGGGCUACGUAAACACUGGUGUGCUGAGCAAAGAGCUCAUCCCUCGUCACAUCAACUUCUCCCAUCUCUCAUCCCAGGACUACGAAGAGAUGUACGGUGUCAUUAAGACAGUGAAGGAGGACAGCUUUGGCCAGCUGGGCCUGGACGCCUGUCUGCUGGAGGACGAACUCAACAAGGCUGUUCAGGGAACUGGUCUUGCAUUCAUUGCUUUCACUGAGGCCAUGACACAUUUCCCUGCGAGUCCCUUCUGGUCCGUCAUGUUCUUCUUCAUGCUAAUUAACUUGGGGUUGGGAAGCAUGAUUGGCACCAUGACCGGCAUCACUACACCCAUACUGGAUGCUUUCAAGAUCCGCAAGGAGAUCCUGUGUGUGUUCUGCUGUGUCAUAGCCUUCCUGAUGGGUCUGCUGUUUGUGCAGCGGUCAGGGAAUUACUUUGUCACCAUGUUUGAUGACUAUUCUGCUGGUUUGCCUCUCAUAAUGGUGGUGAUCCUGGAGAACAUCUCUGUAGCCUGGAUCUACGGCACUAAGAGGUUCAUGCAGGACUUGGAAGACAUGCUUGGUUUCAGGCCAUACUCCUUUUAUUACUACAUGUGGCGGUACGUCUCUCCGGCUGUCUUGGUGGUGCUCAUUGCCGCCACUGUCCUCGAAAUGGUCAUCAGCCCUGCGGGAUACAACGCGUGGGUGGAGUCCGAGGGCUCAGAGCAUUUCCACAAUUACCCUCCCUGGGCUUUAGCCCUGGCCUAUACCCUCAUUGUUGUGGCCUUGCUGCCUUUACCCCUUGUCUUCAUCGUUCGCCACUUCAACCUGAUCUCAGACGGCUCCAACAAGCUGUCUGUCUCUUACCGUAAAGGCAUGAUGAAGGACAUCUCCAACCUGGAGGAGCAGGAUGAGCAGCGCUUCAUCCUCAGCAAGAACCCCAGCGAGACUCCCUCGCCAAUGCCUGCCCACCGUGCCUACCUGGGCCCUGGUGGCACUCAGGAGAUGACCAACACCAACUACGGCACCAGCACCAAGACGGGUUACCAGAACAUCGGCUCUCCCGAAUCUGAGCUAUGAUUCACUGGUCUCGUAGAUCAUUCCGUCCAUUAAACCCAGAGAUAGAGCUAGAGAGGAAGAAAGGGAGGAACAGAUUCACUGCCAGUUGUUGCAGUGUUCAUCACAUCUUAACCCCACAGCCACAUCUCUACCCCCUUGUCUGCCUCAUCGCUCCCUGCCUAUGGUUCUUCCCCAUCGUAGGAUCCAUGCUGCUAAUAGCCCAUCACUCCGGCUGAGAUGAAGGGAUCAUGGGAAUGUGAGUCCCUUUUGGUCUUAUAAGCUUUUUCAUCUGUCAAGGUAUUCCAGUGGCAGAGAGAGGGGCAGAGGGGGGGGCAGGGUGAAGGUUAUAAAUGGCCGGCGUGUGCUUAGAUACAGACUUUGUGUUGUAAUAAGCUCUGGCUGAGGUUAAGGUGUGUGCAACACCAACAUGCUUAAUAUUGUGCUGAGAUGUAAUCUGGUGUGUUGACUGUUUAGAGAAGGUCAUUUCUGAGACAAAUGGAAUGUCCCUUGCUCUGGGUGAUGAUCGUUCUCCUCUGGUUCACUUGUAGAGGGUUGUGUCUUUUUUUGUGGGGACAGGAUGGAAGGAGACACUCAUCUUGUCCUAAUCUGCAUCACUGUAUGAAAACAUUCCUCAUCUACAGUAUAUGACAAAAUGAUUACAAAUGCAUCCGUUACAGUGUGUAAUUAGUGAUUCUGAUAGUGUACACAGUUUUACGAUCACAUUAUAUCUUCACGUUGAUUGUGCCUAUCAUGCAUCAGCAAUAAUAACUAGUCAGAGAAGAGUCUUAAUAAAGCUGUGGUUCUCCUUCUAUCCCACCUCCCCCGUAAUGUAGAAUACUAUACAUGUGUGUUGUGCAGUAGGCUGGAAUGUCACCGUAAAUCAUUUAUAUACACCACAGUAGUGUAAUGGGUGGAACAAACUUUUUAUUUUUUCAUUUUCGCGAACACUGAAGCACAGACACCCGUCGUAGUUAGAGCAUCUCUGAGCCUUAACACCUUUUUUUGUUUUCCCCUUCAAACAAUCUUCUCUGUAGUGUUGGUAUCAGGACACGUCGUCUCUGUGCUGGUCCAGUCGCAGCUGGCAUAGACAAAGCCAUUCUAUUCCUUUUAAUCAGUUAUUUUAAUGAAGCGAUUCUAUUUUAAUCACUGCCUUAGUAGAGAUAAGCAGACUGGCUGCUUCGUGUUUGUUUUCCUCUGUACUAGCGAGGCAGGCAGAGAAGGAGUUGGUAUAAUGCGAGUUGUGUCUUUGUGUACAGACAGACAGACGGUGCAUGUACAAGUGGACAUGCAUUAGUGUGUGAAUGAGAGCUCCCCGUGACCCAGCCUGUUUAAAAAUAGAGCUGUGUUACCCAGGGGAUGCCGUGGCAACACACCAUAGAUACAGGUCCUCUUCUGAUGUGGUGGAGGGAGAGAGGAGACCACCUUGCUUUGUCUGCACCACCUGCACAGCUGUUUGUCCAGAAAUACAGAGAGAGAUUAAACAUUGUAGUGUCGACGUGUGACUACAGUAAGUCUCCAAUGUUACAGUGUUUAAGUAUUUUACUGCCAUGCUGUGGGUUAAUAAUCGUACCUCAUCCCAGGGAGGUGGAAGUCUAUGUUUUAUUGUUUUACGUUUUCUGAAAUUGUGACCACUAUAAACAUCUUUUCCUCUAUUUGUGAGAACUAAACUAGAACCUCUUUAUUUUUAACGUGUAGUAUUGUAUGACGAUAUGUGUUUAAGGGUAUAAUGUGGAACUGUAACGUGAUAAAAAUGUUGUCUCUACUGGCCAGCAGGGGGAGCCAAUGCCACACCCACACUCUUGUGGCCCCUCCCUGAGACAAUACUUGAGACUGAACAGAUGUAGUGUGAAGCUCACUCUCAUUGUUUUGGUGCCUGAACAGCAUCUCUGUUGUCAGUGUUUGCGUUAUGCUUUCCUCGCGUUGUUAGCUUGGUUAGGUUUAUUUUAUUUUUUUGCAUUUGAGUUCAGAACAAUGUCUUGUCUCCUUCACUUGAGCACUUUAAGUAGAUAAAGACCCUGGGGUUGAUUGUUAUAAGCACAUACGUUUGACAAAAUGCUGUGUAGAGUUGAAACCGUAAUCAUAAGAAUGCUUUGACGGAAAUGAUGAGCAAUAUUUAUGCACAUACAGUAGACUCUGUACUGUAUAUAUAUUAAUAUAUAUAUAUAUAAAACACUUUCUAAUGUAAAGACAUUAGCAUUCCAACAAGCAAGCACAUGUUUUAUGAUAAUAUUUAUACUUGCUCACUUUAGUGAAAGAGUCCUAAAACUGAAGAGUGAAAAGGAAUUCAGGCACUAUUCAUUUUAUUAUUUACACCUUUGCUUUUUUUUGUGUGUGUGUGACGUCACCUUGUCUGUUGUGAAAAGAGGAUAGAUUCUGACUUCCAGUCGUUUUUAAAAGCAUGUCUGUAUUGAUGCUUCCAUGCCACUGAUUUGCACUGUCCCUGGUUUAUUUGCAUAUUUAUAAAGAAAAAUAGUAAAUUGAAAUAGAUCACGUGUGUGGGUGAGGUAGAAGCCCAUUGCUGGCUCAUGAAAGACAAUGGAAAGUAAAAUGUCAAAAAAUACAUAACUUUACAAGAGAAAAAACACAUAAACUAUAACUCAAACACAAAACAAAUUCACCAAACACGACAAAAAUCUAAAUUAUAUAAUGGAAUCUUUACUCAUCAGAACAUGACAAAGCAUGAUAUGAGUGAUGACCCGUGUCUGUGAAGUGUAGCAGGUGUUAAAGUCUUCACCUGUAAAAGAAAAAGAGGAGAAAAAGACAAAAGUUUUACAUAAUACAGACAUACAGUCUUUUGUGACGAUAUACCACAUGUUUUAUAUUAUUUUGCUGCUCGUGAUGGUGCAUAACCUCAGACGAGGGCGCUCACCUCUGCAGAAACGGCACAAUUAGGGAAGCACAGGAACACGAGCACAAGGGAGUUUCAUGUAGAAGUAGAAGUGAAUUCUCUCCAGACAUUAAACUACAAAAUACAGAGUAAAACAUGUGUAGAUCAUGUUAGUUAAGGAAAAGCACUGCCAUCGUCACAGAAAGCUGCACCCCUGGUUUCUUGGCUUGUAACUACAGACGUGUGUACAUGAUGCAAAGGUAAAUACAGGAUCUUACACAUUAAGAGAGCACAAUCACGACACCAGUUACAUUUUACUUUGGGAAUGGUAUAGCUUUCAGGACAAGUCAUAUCUUGUAUAUGAUGUUUUACAUAUGAAAUCCCCCCGAAAAACACUUUCAUGCAUUAUUAAACUUAAUAGUAGUACUAAUAAUACCUAAAAUGAUGAUAUUAUGAUACAUUACUAUUACUACUAUUGAAACCAAGGAGUCCAACUCCAGGGUCUUUCUGUCUUGUCCAUGUGUCAGCUGUUGCGUUAGAUUAAAACAGAGCAAACUCUACAGCUCAACUGAGUUACUGGUAAAUGAUCCUGAGAUUAUCUCAACAAACGUAAAGUAAUAGUGUAUUUAUUUAACUGUGCAAAUAGUCUGUGUGUGAACAAACCAUAGUUAUAUUUAUAGUAUUUAAGACGGUGUAUUUACUCUGUACAUAUUGAUGUACAUUCUGAUAAAUUCACUGAGUAUCUAUAGUAAGAGUGACAGGAUGUAUUCUUGAGCUGUAAAUAAUACUUGUAUAUUUGGAGAUAUUUUUGAUUUUUGUACUGUAGGUAAUGUUGUGUCAGUGUCUGUUGGUUUGUGGUGUUGCUGUGUGAUUGUUCUCAGUAAAAAUGGACGAGUAUGUGUGUGUGUGUGUUUAAAAGUGUAUGUAGGUUUUUGAUGUUUAAAUGUGUGUUUUCUCUCCUCUGUCAGUGUUGUGUGCUGCUGAUCUAAUCUAGUAGCUAAAACCAUGUCGGUGCAGUGAACUGCGACCUCUAAUGUGAGCAGUCUCUUCUCUGUGUUUCUCACUGGAACUGCGGCGGUUUCCAGCACAAACCUGGCAACACAAUCAAGAAGAAAGGUUUUUUGCGAUAACAGCGCAACAACAGCAACAGAAAUCUUUAUUUUUUGGUUGAAGAGAGUGAAGAACUGUACAAACAUGAUGGGUGAAGCAAACAGGAAAUUAAAAUAAACCACUUUUAUGAAACAGAAAAA